ACCUGCAUAAUCCCUUGUGGUUAGCUAGCGGCAGUUGAGUAAGCCUACACAUGUGGAACAUUUCUUGGUGUGUGUAUACCAAAAGUUGACUAUUGUGAGUGGAAUAAUGUGUCACGGAACUGUCGUGGUGUCGCAAACGAUCCAAUGAGUCAACGAAGGUCCCAUUAAUAAGAAGUCUCGUGGUGUGUAGUAAUGUGUAUGAGGUCACCAACUGUCCUGUAUGUUGUUUAGGUAGUCUGAGCAGACGUGGGAUUUCCUCCUAAUACACCUAUCUCAUCAGGGUUCAAUAAACCUGCAACAAAGACACAGGACUUUGUAAUUAUACAACUGGUUGAUUUUCAUACGGACGAGACGGAUCACAUCUACAUUUCUGUCAAGUGUUUUGGGAAACUUGGACCUAUUGAUCAGUGUCAGAAGUGAAUAUUUAUCAAGCAAGUUGGUGUAGGUUCUGGCAUUGACUAUGGAAAUUAGUGUGUGAUACUGACUCAUAUCCCAAGCUGUGGCAAGAAUAACUCAGGAUACAUCAGAAAAUACAGAUGAUCUGUGGCUGGGAGUGAAAGACUUUAUUCAAUCAGCUGCUUGUAACACUACAACUAGCCAAUAAAUAAGACUUGAUGUACAGGAUUGACGUGAGCUGAUUCAGUGUGCACCUCCACCCAGCAUUUCCUCUCCAUCUUCCCUCCAGCUGUUAUAGGAUCCUAUACACAAUGUGUUGCUAAACCAGCCAGACUAGAUUUACAUGGCAGACAUAAACAGUGAUGUUGAUGAGUUCAGAAUGUGUCCAGCCCACUGCAUGUGCAUUUCUGGACUUGUAUACAUGGUGUAUGCAUGAACAGGCGGCAUCAGAUGCAUGUGAAAGACCUUCUGUAUCGAACCUACUCCUCCAUCACUUGCCACAACAUUGCAUGAAAAUGUAUCAAGUCCUGGAUGCUCAGACAUUUUCUUAUAUUGUGUUCAUCCUCGGGAUCCUGGGCCUGGUGUUGUACUGCUCUACCUUGUGCUUCGUCAUUAUCUCCUUUGUCGGAGGACGGUUCUAUUGGUAUCGGAAGUCCGACCCAUCGGUACUGGGAGAUGACCUCCCCGGAGUCUCCAUCAUCAAGCCCUUGAUGGGCGUCGACCCGCUAUUGGAAGAGAACCUGGAGAGUCAUUUUAGCAUGAAUUACCCAAAGUUUGAACUCUUGUGUUGUGUUCAAGAUGAAAAGGAUCCAGCCGUUGAUCUUGUCAACAGACUCUGUGAAAACUAUCCUAAAGUGGAUGUCAAGAUAUUCAAAGGUGGUAAAAAUGGCAUCAUCAACCCCAUGGUCCACAACAUGGCCCCCGCCUACGAUGCUGCUCAGUAUGAGUAUGUGUGGAUCUGUACCAGUAGAAUCAAAGUUUCAACCGACAUCAUCAUGGAUAUGGUGUGCAAGCUACAUAAGCCAAAUGUUGGGCUUGUCCAUCAGAUGCCUUUUACUCUAGAUCAUAGAGGCUUUGGCUCAUGCAUAGAAAAAAUAUACUUUGGAUGUGCCCUGCAGCGCUUUUACUUGGCAUUUAACCUGAUGAACCUGUGUUGUGUGACAGGCAUGUCUUAUAUCUUUAAAAAGUCCAUUCUCGACCAGCUUAAUGGACUCAGCUGGUUCGGAAAAUAUUUGGCAGAGGAUUUUUUCCUAACAAAAGCCAUCCAUGAAAAAGGCUACAAAUUGGUGUUAUCAUCAUUUCCUGCUCAACAGAAUGUUGCGGGGACUUCAUACUGUGGGCUUGUUGAUCGAUUAAUUCGAUGGUUGAGACUGCGGAUCAACAUGUUGACUGUUGUAAGCCUUGUGGAACCUUUUACUGAUGUAUUCCCUCUGGGUGUGUACGGUGCAUGGUGCCAGUAUCACUUCUUUGGUUUUAACCCAUACUACUUCUUUGCUGCUCAUGUUGUUGGCAUGCUAGUGAUGGACUACCUGCUUCUUAACAAUGCUCAGGUUGGCCCAACAGCCUUCACAAAGUUGCAGUACGUCGUCGGUUGGUUUGUUAGGGAAUUUACGUCUACAUUCAUAUUUUUUGCUGCCAUCGUGAAACCACACACCAUCAAGUGGGGACGACACACAUACUGGGUCAAAUGUGGAGGCCACACUGAGAUCUCUGAUGACAGAUCAACAGCAAUAGUCUUGUAACAUCAACUUUCCCUUUAAGCAUGUCCAUAAUGGGUCAAAAUGGCAGCAUUUAUAUCAUUAGGUGAUACCAUGGAUUGGGACAAGUAUUUCAUUGACUUGCAUUUAGUUGAGCUUGUGUAUGAUGCGAGCCUUGCUAAUCUAUAAGGCGAGAAAACUCAAAAUCCAAAGAAUGCAAGCAGUGAAGCACAACCGUGAUAUUUGUUGACUGGGGAAGUUCCAGGCAUUGUUACAAAAAUAUGUGAAACAUAUCAAUUGGUGAUCUUGUGGUUAAACAUGGCUAAAAGGACAGGUGUUUCUGUACUUGAUGUUUUUCACUUGUCACCACCCCAUCGUACCCAGUACAAGAGCUUCUUCUAUGUCGAGAAUAUGAAGAAGUAUGUCAUUGUACUUCCCGUAAUGUCUCACAUGGAUGUGCAGGCACCAUCAUUCUGAAGAUGACUGAUCAGCAUGUUGCAUCUGCAAUGUUUCUUGAAGGCUCCUAACCUACAAAGUCAACAAACAGUACAUGCCUUCUGUAUAUUUUUCUGAACGACAUCAGAUUGAAGGCAACAGAUACAAACGACCUUUAUCUUGGAGGCUCCCAGAUCAAUGUUUGUUGAAGGUUCUGGCCUCCAGAUCAAAGUCAUCAGGCUCAGUUUGUGUCAUUUGGAGCUGUUGUUGAAGGCUCUGAACAGCUCAUUGAAGUCAACAGACAUCGUUAUGGUAUAGUCAAAACAGUAUUUUUGUAGAAAGUGUUGAAACAGCUACCAUUCACCGCUGUUAACAGUUACUGUUUAUGAAGUCUCGUUUCUGUAUAUUUAUUGUAUGCUGUCAAUAAGGGAAAUUAUUGACUAAGGUAGUAUAUUAGAAGAAUGUAAGUAGUGUUAAGACAAAGAUUAGUGAAGGCAAGAGGUUGAUGAGAAAGUGAAAUAUUUUGUGAUUGGAAAAUAAGGAGAGGGGAAUGAUUGAGGAUUACAAUGAAAAUAAUUAAUGGGAAUUAAGAUGUUGAUCCUGAUAUUGAAGGGUUUGCUUUUAAGCUCUAGAAAGGAUGUGAACAUGAGGAAAGGAGUUAGAUGAGUGAUAUGUGAUGGUCAGAAGAACGCUUACAAAUCAGCCUUGUCAGUCAGGUAUGUGUCAAUAAUAAAAACUGUAAAUGUUGAUCCUGGCUGCGAUGUGGGAGAGCAAGGUGAAAGACAAAAGUGGUAUUUACAUACCGGUAAUAGGUCAAUUAUAGUUCAGGCAUAAUGCCUGAUAAUUUCAAAAUUGUAAUAGUUUGCUGAAGAGUUGCCCCAGGUGCAAUUUUAUCUGUAAUAAAUACAUAGGUGUUGUAUCCCAAACUGAUAUUCGGUGACUGUUUUUAUAUUAUUAGUUGAAUUUCAUUUGAAAAUGCAUGUUUAUCUUUGUGGUAGUUUUUAUAUUUUACUCAAAAAUGGUCUUGACAUCAAUUAGAUGUUGAAAAUGGACACUCUUUCAAUUGAAGCAGCAUUUUUAUCAUAUUUGUGUUUAACUAGCUGUUAAAUUAGUCUUGUCAGAAAAAACAGGUUUCAUUGGGAAAGGUUUUAGUCUGAACUUAAGAGGAUAAUAAACUGGAAGUAACUUAUUAUUGAUAGAAUGUGAUUAACUUUGACUGAAUUAAGAAAUGAGGUAGUACUCAUUAUAUACUACUGAGCAUUUGAUUGGGAUAAUCAGUUACGUCAGAUAUAUUUUAAUAUACACGUAUCAUGAGAAUCAUUUUUGUGUAAUGGUCUUACAAACAUCCCGCACUAAAGUGGAGUAGCAUUUAACAAAUGACAGGAUUAAAUGACUGAUCAACUUCUUUAUUAUGAUUGUAGCGUAAUUUCGGUGUAUGUUCUAAUACUGUUACCAAGCAAUGGAUGUACUGAGCUAGUCAGUGAGCAAAUAUGUGCAGGUAGUAUUUAUGUGACAUGUUUAAUCAGUUGUACAACCACAUGGUCACUACAGUUGCAAUAAAGAAGUUGAUUUCUCCAAACUAUCUUCUAAAUGCUACACAAAGAUCCUUCUAUUGUUUUAGAGGAUGUAUUGUUUGCCAGGUUGGGUCCUGUGAUCUUAGUGCUAUGACUGUCAUCAAUCUGUUGAAGAAUAUGAGUUCAGAUUGCCUUAGCACUAACAUCUUUUUGUUGAACGGUGACCUGGUUAAAAGUUCUAUCCAUACAACGCUUUAUCCCGUACAAAUACUCGUAUUACGACAGGUAUCCAACAGGAUAUCCUACAGUUAUCCAACGACAGCACCAUCAACUGGGGAGUAUUUACUCUCACCAUGGCUCCAACUGACCUUAUACAUUCAGCUCUGUAUCCAGGGGUCAGAUGUUGAUUCAUGGCUUUUGUAGGUAUAACCUACACACCACAACAAAUCUGCCUCACUUGUAAAGUGAACUCAUCAGAAACAAAUGGAUCCGUUGAUGAAUAUUGUAAAUACCAAAAUGAAUUAAAGGUCCCCUUAUGUACAGAGUUGACUGUAUUCAUCACAUACCCCGGUACUCUUUCAAUCAGAAGUAAAGGGGAGAUAACUCUCCCAGGCCCAUUAGGCAUGUUCAUUCUGGAAAUGCAUGCAGUGUAUAAAACAACCCCCAGUCCCCUUGAAAACCCCUUAAUUCUAGGUACAAAAAACUUGGCUUAUACACAGCAAUAUAUGGUAUGUCUUUGUUAUGAUGGUCCCACAGGAUGAAACAAAAAUAAUCUCAACCUUUUAUUCACCCCAUAUGCCUUUUUAAGGAUGUGCAUGUAUUGCAUCCAGUAUGUAUAUUUUAUAAGUGAAACUGUCAAAUUCCUGGGAAUUCUGUAUGUUGGCUCAAGGGACCUUCACAUUCAUCCUGGUGAAAUAUUUACUUUUCUGAGCUAUUUGUCAGCCAAAAUGAAUUCAUCAUCAAAUUGCUACAGCCAAAUGUCAGACAAUGUUAAUUGUGUAAAGAAAUCCAGUAUCAAACAAUUAUGAUGUCACGCUAUUGUUGAUGCAGUUGAUUCUAAGGCAGGUAUUCACUGGCCAUUCUGAAUGUGCAUUUUGUGUAAGUAAAACUGAUGCAACUGUUGGUAAUUGUUUUUAUAAAGAAACAUAUAUCUAUCAUAACAUGGAUUAAGUCAGAGAAGUCACUAGAAUGGUGAUUCCGGAAGUAGAUCUUCUGAAGCAGAUCCUUGUGACUUCGCCAUUCCAUAAUGUUGAGAUUUGUUUCAAAUAUUAUGAUUGGAUUUGAAAUACCAGUCUAACAGUGGAUCAACAGUGAUGGGCAGGGUUUUUUUCAGAAUUGUCAUUCCAUUUUAGUGUUCUCAUAUUAUAAAGUUUAUGCUCUGUUGCUUUCACUGUUAUUGAAAUGAAAUAUAUAUAUGAUUAUAUAAGAGGGCAUCUGGUGCACAGUAUGCGUGAAAAGUCUGUCAAAGACAAUACUUCAUCAAUUCUUCUUUUCUCUGUUGCAUUUCCUGUGUAUCUAACUGCGUUGAAUUGAUUAGCUGGCUGCAUAUUAGGGCUGGGACGAGUCCAAAUUUACUACCCGGGUACCCAUCACCCUAUUACCCGACCCUAAUGUAAAAUGUAUUUAGAUACACAUGUAAAACGAUCUGGUCAUGCAUACACUGAAGUUUACUGCAUGAAGUUUUAUCUUUAUUCAAACAUAUAAAAGUCACAAGGAAUGAGUGCAUUGUCAGAAAGAAAUGGGAACAUUAGUGACUUGUAGUGUAACCAUAGAGUUUUAGAUAAUUUUUGUUAUUAAAAAAUAUAUCUCAUGACUGACUACGGAUCCGGGUAGUCCUUUGGGUAACCAGGUCCUACUCAGGACCGACCCGACCCGAGCACCCGACCCAAGUACCCGAGUUACCCGUCCCAGCCCUACUGCACUACUAAUGAUUAAUAUGUAGACACAUUAUAUAAGAUCAUUACACAUUCAAGACAUCUAAUUGCAACACCAUCAUAUCCCAAUUGCGUGGAUCCAUGCUCAUAAUUUCAAUCUCUGGAUUAUCUGGUCCAGACUCAACUAUUUAUAGACCGCCAUCAUAUAGCUGUAAUAUUGCUGAGUGUGGUGUUAAACAAUAAACAAACAAACAAAAAUUUGCAACAAAAUAGUGAACAGGUGGAAUUGUAUAACAGUUGGCAAGAUAGCUUUGAAGUGUAAUGGACUUGACAGAUUUACCAUCGCACCGUGUACCUUGUACAUGUAAAUGAAAGUGUUUAACAAAUCUGUAUUUUGAAUGGCUGUAUAGGAUCAUUUAAUCUGAAGACGGCAUCCUGCGCCGACACUUGAAAUCAGAUUGAGGUUCCUUAGUAAUAUGUAUGCAUGAUAUUGUUGGGGAUAUCAUGGUUUUAGGUUUGUGGGUAUGGUAUCAUGUUGUAUCAAGAUGUGUUCUCAGGGACUGUGUGAUUCCACAGCAUUGCAUGCUGAAUGUAUUGUACACCCUGAAACAAGCACUGCCUAGUACGCUAGUUUGUUCUCUUUCUUUGUCCAGACCAAUGUAUCUUCUUCUUUUAUGCCAUAUGGAUUCCUUUGGUCAAUAUGUCGGAAGCCAAAUUAGACAACAACAAUUUUAUUUGUUUUAAUUUCCUUUUUAAAAACAUCACCCUGAUUAUGUUUCUAGGUUUGUCAGCAUGAUACCUGUGCUCAUGGUUUUCACCAAACUAGCACUUAGAGCUUUCCACCCACAUUAAACAGACAUGCAAUGAUAUGACUGGAAUACUGUUCAAGUCGGCAUAAAACCCAACUCACUCACUCACUUUAAAAAAUAAUAAUAAUUUUUUCUUAAAACAAACAAAAAUAUGUAAAGAACAUAUUUUCAAUCAAACAGUUUAGUUUUGUUUUUAAUUUGGCCAUAUUUAGGUGAGAUUCAUACUGGAUACAUAAAAAAAACAGAAAACAAUGGGUUUUGUUUUGUUUUGAAAACUCUAUAUGGAAUGUAUGUCAGAAUAAUAGGCCUACCAGAGAGAAUGUUAGUUUUUAUAGUAGCAAGCAGUAGGGGAACCUAUAUUGAGCAGCUGCAUCGAGGUAUGGAACAUUCUAUUAAAGUUUUUAAGGCAGUCAAAGACUUGAAAUGGUGCUAGUACAGGCUAGCAUGGUGCAACAAUAGCUACUUGACCUGAUACAAAUCACAUGUAAUUCUACUACUACUACUUUUCAUGUGAAUCAUGUGAAGGAUCAGUUUACCCAUUACCCCAAGAGAGGCGUGCCUGGUCCAGACUUAAUUGUUUACUGAGAGUGAUGUAGUUUCAGCGAUGUAACGUGACUAUUGCUGACUGCGGUGUUGAACUAUAUUCAUUCUCUUCGGGAAGAGAUUUUGAUUUCAAAUAAAGAAAAAAAUAAUUAAUAUAAUUCUUAUACAUAUUUUAUGUAUUUCUCAAAAUGUGUUUUAAUGAAAUAUAUAUUGUUAUGUAUUCUUGAUUCCCUUCUUAGUAUAUGUUUAAUACUUGCUUAUAUGUGCAGAUUCUGUUACAUCUUGCUUUUGUAAAAUGCUGAAAAUCUUUCCAAUCUUAUUCUUUGGAUUCUGUUUGUUCUGUUGUAUGCAUUUGGAUGUUGGUCUUGAAUUUUGCCCACAAUUGGACUAGAAGAGCAUCUGUGAAGCAAUAAUGCCAUGUGGUAUUUGUAAUGUUGAUGUGGCAAUUUGUUGUAAUAAGCAUAAUAAAAGUCAGCAUUAAUUGACCAAACUAUUGGAUAUUAAGUAAUAUGUAGGUACGAAACAGGGAAAGAAUAGAAGGGUGUUUCAUAUGGAUAUGUGCACUAUUAUGAUUAUGAAAUAAGAUUAGGAAUUGCCACAGGAAAGAUGAUGGUUUCAUGGCUUUGUUUCAAUGUACUGUAUGGCACAAAUAUAAUACAUACUGCCCUUUAUACAACUGUCAUUUUUGUGUCAUGGCUUCAAGAAUAGCAAUAUUGCAUAAUACCGACCACAAGUAAACCAUAACUUGUCUUAGGAGGUUUUUUCAUCUUUAUAUUUAAUAGUGCAUUGUCGAAUUUCAUUUUGGUAACAUGGAUUGUAUUCAAGAUGAACUAAGAUUUUUGCUGAUAUAUUCUGAACAAAUUAUAUCAUUGUUUAAGGCACUACAAUUCACUGUAAAGAGUUGCAUCCCUUAGGCAUACCAGGAACCUAUGAUCAUUUUUUUACACCUAAUUAUGUAUUAAGGCAUGGAAACAAGAACGACUUUUCUGAGCUCAUUAAAUGGGAAAUUGGAAAUGAUGGUGAACAUUAUGUAUCUUCUUACAGAUGUGCCUAUUGAAGUUUUGUGUUAUACUGUUGAAUAGCAAGGUAUGCAUGGCCAGUUUGCAUUUAUCUUGUGGGCGUUUCAGCUCAUACUCUUGCAUGGUAUGCACUGAAACUUGUGACCAAAUAUAUAUUUUCUUACAUUCCAAUGUUUUUACAUCACCUUUCCAAUAUAUGUGUUUUGUAUGUUAUUUAUGAUUUGUUAUAUCUGCAACCUUCGAAGUUACUGUGGUAUAUAUAUAUAUACAUUGUAUCUCAAGUGUCGUUAUAUUUCUUAGAUAUAUAAGAUAUCAUCCAUCAGUACCUCCAUCCAUUCUCCAUGCCUUCUCUGUAUACAUGUAGUUGUAUGCGUGUCCUGUUGUUGUGCUGUCUAUCUUGGAUCUGUGGAAAAAUUAGCUGUGAACUCAGCAUUAUGAAAGAAUAAUGGCAGUGUCUCAACAGUCUUCUGGUGUCACAGAUGUCCAUUGCUAGCCAAGGUUUACAUUUGUUGACUUUCAUUGAUUCAGUACUAAUUGUAUGCUAUUGAUCAUUAAAUAUUUCACUUUCACUUACUAGAAUUAUAUGUUGUCAUUUAGUGUUUAAUCCUGUUAUAUGAAACAGACCCUAGUCCAUGUACAUCUUUAGGUUUAUCAUUUGCAUAAUUUAACCAUUGCCUCCGAUGGGGCACAAUGAGGGUGUCUUUGUGAAUCAUGUACAAGAAAGGCAAGGUCAGUGAUUGAAAUUUUUCAAAAAUAUUUGUAAAUAAUAUGUGGUUUUGAAAGAAUUUGUACACAAGAAGAUUGUGUAUUUUUAAUAACAAGAGUGAUGCAAGUCUAUGUAAUAUUGUGACAUGGAGUCACAUGCUGAAUGAGAGAGCUAAGUGCAGAAUCGUUUGUCCCAGGCUGCAAUCGUUGUUGGCUGUGCGAUAAUGCUUGUAUCAUGUCGUUGUUGAUAUUUUGAUUUACCAUCCAUCACUCGUGUCUGCCCAAAAUGAUGAAACAUUCAUCAUGAUAAAUAUCAUUGUAUACCAGCAGGGGAUGACUAGUCAAAGUUACACUUGGCCUUCUUUUUUUUUAUUUGAUAGUUUAUGAAGAAAAGUGGCCAAAAAUGCAAUGUAGGUGGUUGAGAAAAAAAUGAAUAAUUUACUAUUUCCAGAUUAGUACUUCUUCUAAUGGAUGAAAAACAAACUCAUAGGUCACACCAUUACUGAAGUACGAUUUCAAAACGAUACUGAAAGAUAAUUUGUUUUGGUUUUUUUUAUGGUUAGUCAAUUUAUUUUUUCAGUUGAUUAAUUUUUUUCGGUUGGUCUCAUAAACCAACUGAAAAGAAAGAUAUAUAUAUAUAUAAGGCCAUAUUGUGAAAAAGUUAAAAUUAAGUACAAAGUAAGAAUAAUGAAGCUGUCAGUUCAUGGCUCUUGUCACUCUGUGCUCAAAUCUUGUGACAACAUAACUUAACUCACUGUUUCAUAGCUCACCCUCAUAUAUGGUUCUGGUUAAUUAAGGAUGCCUCAUUUCACAAAAUAAGUCUAUCAGUGUAUCACUUGGACGGAUAUUAUGUACUAGUGACAUAGUCAGCAUGAAUAUUUGUCACACCAUGGAUGUGAUUCUAGGAUCAUAUUCAAAUUCUGUGUCCACAUUAGUGCCUCUACAACGUACCAUUUCCUUACAAUGUACAAGCAUAAAGGAAUGAUUCCUUCAUCCAUGUGAGAUGCAUAUAUAUAUGUAUGUCUGUUAUAGAUUGUUGAUCCUGGAAAAAAUGGUUUAUUGCUGAGGCAAUGGUUGUAUUGUUGUUAGGUUAGACUCGGUUACACCUACCACUUAUCAUCUGUAAUGAUAUGCAUCAGUUUGGUAAUAAAAUGUUUGCAUUUUGUU